UAUCUGCAGGUAUAUAUUCUAUAACAAGCACGAGUGACACCACUCGAAGAACACAUGAUUUCAAAUGUUUUCAGUAUCGCAUUUUUAUAUAAAUCAUCAUCUUUAACUUUAACCAACUCAUGAACCAAGAAAUCACUGUGGUCAGUACGAUUUGGACGUUUUCAUAAAUACCUGUACAAAAUACCUUGAUCAAGUAUCUUUACCAAAGAUCUCAUUGUACCAUAUUUCUUAUAUGUAAUCAAUGUUUAUGAAAGCGAACGUGCAGGUGUUUCUCUUUUAUCACGUCGUGAUAAGGCUGUCUGUCUGCACUGUCGUAAACCGAUAGGUCGUAUUUUUAGGCACGUGAUAUCAGUAAACUAUCAAACAUGCGUUUGCCACUAAAAUUAGUUUAACUACCCAAGAACAUUUAGUACCUAUCUCUCUCACAAUGGCUAUUUUUAUGAUGCAUUCUCUGUUUGACUUCACUAUACUUUGCGUUUAUCAUUGAACAUAGCAAGAACACUUAUUACGUUUGAGUGCAGGAGAGGAGUCAUAUGAUAAAUAAAUUAUGUAAACUGAAGGAAUUUAAAUACAAACAAAUCAGUGCAUGAAAUGGGCAUCCUGCGUGACCUAUAGAAAAUCAAGCUAUCAUGAAAUUUCAAAUAUUCCUUGGAUUACGGCGGUGGUAUUUUCAUGUAGUAUAAACUUGGUAAAAGUUAAUCACCGAUGAAUUGCUUUGGCACAACAAAAAUCAUGUGUGUCUAUCAUGUCGACAACAGAACGCGUUGAGGAAACCAACAAAUCACUAAUUGAUAAAGUCCGCGCCGGUACAUCACCAACGCCGAAAAAUCGGCGGGAUAAAUUUUCAUAUGGGUAUAGAAAAUCGAAUGAUGAUGCGAAGAUCAGAAUUCAGAGAGACAUACUUGAUAGUUUGAAAGAAAGCGACGGCCUUCCAGCAUUAGUUUAUCCCCAGGAUUAUAUAUUUGAUAUCGCACAUUUACGAACGAAUGGUAACUUGGGAGAAUUGAUUGAUGAUAUGUCCAAUAUUGCAAAUCCGGAAGAGAGAUUUGAGAUGGUGAAGUCCGAGAACAGGAUACUCCGUGAACGCUUACACAACGCCCUACAGCGAGAGAUGAAAGCUAUCAAAACAUUUCAAAAGCUCGCUCAUGAUAACCGAUUGAUGUACUUAAAACUUAAAGACUACGAAAACAAACCAAGAUUACAGCAUUCUGAUAUGAAUGGGGAUGAGACACCUGUGUUAGUGAAUGGUAAUGAUUGCCAACCUACACGGAAUUAUAAUGACGAACAUAGGAAACACGCCAGGCUUAAUUUAGAUAAUAUUCAAACUAGAGAAACAGUGGACCAAAGUACUUCAACCGAUGAUCUUAGAAAAAACAACAGAAACCAAAUUACCUCAACAGAAGAUUUGUUUGUUGACAAACAUGGCAUUGAGGAGAAUACCAAGCUAUGUGAAAAUAAUUUUGAUAAAUUUGUAAAUACGGACAAAGAUAAAAGCGCUUGUAAAGAGAAGAGGAUGGCUCGGUCCCCCAAACAAAGCAGGGAAUUAUUCAAGACGAAAAGUUCCCCAAGCAUUAUAAAAGGUACUGUCGAUGAUGACGGAACUGACUCAUUGGAUCCAGAAGUUCGGACGAGAUCAGCGAGUCUGGGCAGUCAAGAUAGCGAGCAUAUUGAUGAUCUUGGUUUAGCACUGCAUAAAAGAUCGGCUUCGAGUGGAACAAUUAACAGCACUGUGAAUGUAAUGAAUGCAUCUCUCAACGGACGAUUGAACGAGAAAAAAAUCAUUUCAUUUCCAAAUUUGGAUGUGGUAGACGAGGAGUCGGCUGUCAAUCGAAGUUCUAUUUCAAGCGAAAUGACUCAAUCGGCGUCGUCAGUGGAAAGUAAUUCACCCUGUCAAACACCAAAGCAUGAGGACGAAUUUUCUGAAAAGUUUCUUUCUCCACCAAGUGUUUCUCUUCAGACACUUCAUCUUCAUUCCCAGUCCCUGCCUUCAGCACUGAACAAAAGACAAUUUCACAGCAACAGCGAGGGAAACAGCGAUGAUUUGGCGUCACCGGAAAACCCGCCGAAUUCUCGAAGAUACACGGCGGAUUUUCCUAGAUCAAAAUUUGUACCACAUCACAUAUCAACGAGAUCUUUACCAGCUGACAAUAAUACCAAAAGUGAACGAAGGUCGAAAAAGAGUAGCAGUAAAAAAACUUAUGAAAGAGAAAGUUCAUCUGAGGAUUCUGACAAAGAUGAAGGCGUUUUAUCACCAGCUACUAGGCGACGUCAAAGGUAUAUCGAGAAUAAUCCAAAGGAUUUUGCUGAUGACAUACGAAAAUUUCAAAAAAUGCUUAACACAGGACAGAUUUCCCAGAUAUCACAUGAAAGUGACGACGAAGAAGACAUCAUUCAAGCAUACGAAGCAGCUCGAAGCCAGAGGCAUAAUUCAAGACGUCGCUCUGCUCUUGUCGAGUUACCUGCAUCUUCAGUUCAAAUGGAUCUUCAUGUAACGACGGAGGAGCCACCAGGAAAUUCUGAAGGACGCAAGAGAGUUAUUGGAUCUCAUUUAGCUUUAGAGGACAAACGAAGUUCCAGGUGGUCUUCAAUAUUGAGAAACAAGAAGAAAUUGUUACUUCAGAAAGACAGACUUCGUAUGUCAGAAGAUCUAAAAGAGUAUUUAUCAACAAUAACUCGGCCUACUCAUGUUGCCUCAGAAACUGAACUCUCGCUAUACAAGGACACUCACUGGACACAUUUAAUGAGCGUUACAGAUGAAAGUGGAAAGUCUAGAAGAUUAUCACAAGUUGACAAUAUUUGUUUACCUGAGUCAGAAAUGAAACGACGCGAGGCAGUCUGGGAGUUAUUUCACAGUGAAGUCGUCUAUUUAACAAAACAUCUGCUUGUUCUUAAAGAGUGCUUUUUGGAGCCACUGAGAGAUAUCCAAAAUAAAGGGUUUCUUGUAACUGUCGACGAUAAAAAGAUUUUUUCAAAUCUGGAGGAUCUGUGUGAGGUUAGUGCUAAAUUUGCCAAAGACCUUCUCCAUCUAUUCAAAAACGAACAAAAAGAUCAGUUUGGAAGCACGGCGUCUGUGGUAACUGCCUUUACUAAGUUCAAAUGGACAGUCCAUCCACAAUAUGGAAAAUAUUGUCUUAGUUAUACUAAGACAUUGCACUACUUAGAAACACUCAAACGAACAGAACAUGUCCAAGACUUUUUCAAGUGGUGUGAAAGUGAUCCAAGGUGUAACAGAUUAAAACUUACAGAUCUCUUGGUCGCUCCAUUCCAACAUCUUACAAAGUAUCCACUCCUUUUGAAGAACAUUCGAAAACGCACAUCCGAAGCUGACAACCAACACGCACCAUUAACGACGACGAUUAAAUCAGUUGAGGAUCUCAUACAGGAACUUGAAGGCAAUGUUACCGUUAUAAGAAACUAUCAAAAGUUAAAAGACUUUCAGAAGAAUUUGGUGUGGCCAUCUGUCGGAGAAUUGGACCCCAAAUCCUUUAUCCCAGAGCACUUACGAAAUGUAGUCUCACACCAAGAAUGUGGAGAUAUUCUGGCAAGUCCAAAGCGAGAGCUCAUUUAUGAAGGACCUUUAACCUUAUAUGAAAGUGCUAAAACUGAAAUCACUGCGUUUUUGUUUGACGACAUGCUGUUGUUGACAAAAGGCUCAAAGAAGAAUAACCGCCUGAGGAAAAUCAGUGCAGCUGCCAGUAUACCAGAAAUUCACGGAGUUCCGUCUCCGUCUAUGACGAGAAAAGCCUCAGAUUAUACCUACGUUGUUUGGAAACAGCCUCUACCAAUUGAUAGGUUUAUUCUCUACGAUCUGGAUGAAUAUUCAGGGAACUCCAUAAAAAAUGGUUUUGUGUUGGUGCACAUUAGUCGGUUCAAACAAGCCAUCGCUAUACACACGUUACAAGCGUCUUCUCACGACGUCAAGAACAUCUGGAUAUCGAAGCUCAGAGACGCGCAGACAACAUGGAAUGAACUUAUAGAACAAGAAGACGAACAACGAAAAAACCAAAACAGUUCUCCAUCUCACGACAGAAAACGAAACAGUGCAGAGAUUGAAUAUCGUGAGACGGAUACAGACAGUGAACAAGAAGAACUUAGUGUGGGAACAAAUAGCGGAAGUAAUAGCAAUGAUGAAACAUCGCAUGUUUUUUACGAAGAAAUGGAAAUGAAGCAAAAUACUGCUGAAACAACUGAGCUCGAUAUAAAUUCAAACGUAAGCAUGCGAACUAGACCUAGCGCACCUCGAAGGAGAAUUAGUCGCCUGACAUCAGCAAUUUAACGCUGUAGGCCCACUGUAAGUUAUAUGCUUGUACAUAAAAAGAUAUCCCAUUGGUCGUUCUGCAGUUCAGUAGCUUAGUACGCAUUCAAAUAUAUCAUGCAACGUGGCACAGUUUUUACUUAGACUUCGAAAUUUGACCGUUAACCUCCAUCUAAUUCUUCAUUAAUAGAAACUU